AUGAUGACGGACGACGUAGUAGUGGGGGUAAGCCGUGGAUUAGAUGUUCAUAGGACAAGACCAUGUUGCAUUAUUACACGGCAGUCGCCCGGUGAAACUGUGGAAGUUCAAAAAUUUGAUUCAGCUGAAGGGGCGCUAUCAUUUACACGAAAACUCUCUACUGGCCAGGAUAAUUCUUUUAUGUGGGUGGAUCUGCAGGGAACUGGGAUGGAGCAGAACCGGCGUGUGCUGCAGCUGCUCUUCCCCGAGAUGCAGUCGAGUCAGAUGGAGGCGGUGCUUGACGCGGACGCGGAGGAUGUGGUGGAGCUGCAGCCGGUCAAGGGGCAAUAUCUCAUUGGGAGUCUCGCGUGUGCGCGGGGGCGGGGGCGGGGUCUCUCCUCCACCUCCACAGCCGAUGGAGAUGCGGAGGGGGAUGCCAUCUCGUGUUCGUUUGCAUGCAGCGAACGGUGUCUCGUGACAGUGCACACAGCCCCGUUUGUGGGUUUGGCAGAACUGCUGUGUCAUGUGGAGGUGGAAGGAGGCCGCAAACGUCAAGGGAGACAGCCCAUGGGCCGUGAGUCUCAUGGUGCUGUUGAUAUCUUAAGAGGCUCUGCAGUUCUGUGUGCACUGAUAUGCUUUACCUGUGAGACAUACCUCCCUGAUCCAACUUCGCUAAUUAGUGAGGUUGACUGUAUUGAUGAGAUUGUAAUGUUGGUUGCACCCGGAAAGCGUGAUCAGGCUGAUUUAUUGCGUCGUAUCUCUGUACUGCGUCGCCGCAUGGCUGCUGUAAAUCGACAGCUAUAUAUGAAGGAGAAACUUCUGCAGGAAUUAAUGGGUCCCACGAUGCGAACCACGUUUGUUUCACGUGAUCCUAGGACUGUGUGUGCGUACCGGGAAACG